AUGCCUCUCACGGAGCAGUGCCAGAUCAGUGACCUGACUGCUUUCGAGAUGGUGAAAGGCCGCAAGAUUGUGGACUUCACCACCAGCGCUAUCGAAUCCUUUGAGGCGCCCAAAAUCAACCCGCUCAAUAGCACCGCAGGAGAGCAGUGGGAAUUUGACGGCGUGUCCGAAGAUGGGAUGCAGUCCUUUGUCUUUGGUUUCUAUCGUGAUCCGAAUUAUGCGAUCCUCGGCACGGGCAACUUUCGGCUCUCUAUUGAGUUCGCCUUUGCCAAUCGCACGCGCUUCUACGAGGUUUACUACGCGUCCCGGUCAGUGGUGGAGCACUGCUCUGUGGGCACACGCGGCGAAUGGGUGGAUGAUGCGGAUGGCUACAGUUUCUCGUUCCAGAUCAAAGCCGAUAUGAGUGAAGCCAUGGUGUUCCUGAACUCACCGAGUGCGAAGGGAACCGUGGCUAUCAAAUCUCGCGCGCGCCCUGUGACGGCGGAUGGUCAUGUUUGGCCGGCACACAACGCAUCCACUGAGGGAGUGCCUUUUUACCACUGGUCUGAGCCCAUUCCGGCUGGGGAUGUGGAGGUGGACGUGAUGAUUCAGGACCACCCAUUGGUGUUUCAAGGAAUGGGUGGUCAUGAGCGGUUCUGGUCUGCGUUUAGCUGGUUCACCUGUCUUACGCACCUCAGCGCUGUUCGGACCAUGCUGGGUCCCUACGUCCUCACCUACUUCAGCUUCACAUCUAACAUCAACCCUGGCGAAACACGGCAGUCGGUCGUCCUCUUUAAAGAUGGACUCCCCGUCUUCCGUAGUACACGAGCCGAGGCUUCAGAUGUUGACGACUAUGCCUUGGUUUCUAAAACUUACGGGGGUGCCGUAACUGGAACCUUAAAGGACAAGGUGACGGGAUAUCAGUUGGAACUUGUGUCUCCGGGCAGGAUGCAGCAUUACACCUUCUUCGUGGAACAUGCAAACCUGGGGUUCGAGUACAUCCUCGGCGAGGGAGUGGGAGGAAGCGGUUUCUCGGGCCACUCGCGGGGGGGACAUGUGGGAUUGUCUCAGUAUCAGGGGAUUGCCUUGACGGAGGCGUUGACCUUCCCGAAGAACUCUCCAUUAUUCCGCAGUAACUACGUGGCAUAA